GCAUUAGGGUUUACAGAUAAUAUUCACGUUUGUAUGGGUCCAUCUCUGCUCUUGACUGUCUGAAUGGGAGCUGAAUUCCUGUUGAAAUCUAUGGAUUCAUCUCUUGAAUAAAUACAUUUGCUUUUGCGAUAGCUAUGCUUCGUAAGGGUGCUUUUUAAAGUGCAUGUUCUCGGACACGGGCUUUGCGAUUCCAUGAGGAAGCUUGUGUCCCCUCUGGGUCUGCAUGCUGGCAGCCCAUCUGGCCACACGGUUUCUCUGACUCAUCUCUUGGGAUGUUUUGGUAGCUGUCGCAGAUUAAAGGAGUUGAUACCUGUUCAGCAGAGGCUGCUGCUUCCAAGUACAGCAGAGUCACCGCUUUGAGCAACAUGCAGAGCUUAAAGAUCCAGGGAGGAUGUCGCUUUAGAACUGGCAUCUCGGGAGGCUGCUGUGUUUUUAUUUCAGAAAUGCUGCGUUGAGGCAAAAUAGGGAACUCCCCUUUUGUGAUUGCCAGGCGUCUGAGGCAGGCUCUUUGGGCAUUCUUCAAAGGGGGAGCUGAGGGGAGGGGAGGAGAGGAGAGUGCACCAUGCUGACUAGUGUUAUUUUUUUCCCCCAGUAUUUCAUGAUGAAGUUUUGAAAAUAGAAGAGUUGGAAGAAUUGUCCAGUGAACCCACAUUUCGUUAUCCAGUUACCCAGCUGCCCAGCUAUCCAUCCCUCUGUGGACUUACUUUCUGAUGCAUUUCACACUUGCAGGCAUCAGUACAUUUCACUCCUAAACACCUCAGUGUCGAGAUCAAUGUUUGUUAUGGUUCUUGAUCACACACCCAUCGAGAUGUGACUGUAAAGCAGCAAGACUGGCUUGACUGUGUCCUGUAAACGGACUCAGAGGAUUCCGUAAGGGGUGGCCGGCAGCAGCCUGCACACAGCCCAGGCUCAGUUAGGAACUUCCUAAAUGAUGAUCUGGGCUGAAUCCUGGGAGCUGUUGGAGUCCAGCCUCCUCUCCAAAGGCUCGAGAGUGCUUCACCGAUACAGACACAUUUUGGGAUUGUGGCAGCCAGAUAUCGGGCCGUACGGAGGACUGCUGAACGUGGUGGUGGACGGCUUGUUCAUCAUUGGGUGGAUGUACCUGCCUCCCCACGACCCCCACGUCAAUGACCCCAUGAGAUUCAAGCCUCUGUUCAGGAUUCACCUGAUGGAGAGGAAGGCCGCCACGGUGGAGUGCAUGUACGGCCACAAAGGGCCCCACCACGGCCACAUCCAGAUUGUGAAGAAGGAUGAGUUCUCCACCAAGUGCAACCAGACGGACCACCACAGGAUGUCUGGCGGGAGGCAGGAGGAAUUUCGGACAUGGCUGAGGGAGGAAUGGGGGCGCACGCUGGAGGACAUCUUCCAUGAACACAUGCAGGAGCUCAUCCUGAUGAAGUUUAUCUACACCAGUCAGUACGACAACUGCCUGACCUACCGCCGCAUCUACCUGCCGCCAAGCCGCCCUGAUGACCUCAUCAAGCCAGGCCUCUUCAAAGGCACCUAUGGUAGCCACGGCCUGGAGAUUGUGAUGCUCAGCUUCCAUGGCCGGCGUGCCAGGGGCACCAAGAUCACGGGCGACCCCAACAUCCCUGCCGGGCAGCAGACGGUAGAGAUCGACCUGAGACACCAGAUCCAGCUGCCUGACCUCGAGAACCAGCGCAACUUCAAUGAGCUAUCCCGCAUCGUCCUGGAGGUGCGAGAGCGGGUGCGCCAGGAGCAGCAGGAAGGCGGGUACGAGGCAGGCGAGGGGCGUGGCCGACAGGGCCUCCGGGAAUCCCAGCCAAGUCCUGCUCAGCCCAGGGCAGAGGCACCCAGCAGGGGCCCAGACGGGACACCUGCUGAGGACGGCGGUGAACCUGGGGAUGCCGUGGCUGUGGCCGAACAGCCUGCCCAGAGUGGGCAGGGGCAGCCAUUUGUGCUGCCCGUGGGCGUGAGCUCCAGGAAUGAAGACUACCCCCGAACCUGCAGGAUGUGUUUUUAUGGCACAGGCCUCAUCGCGGGCCAUGGCUUCACCAGCCCUGAACGCACCCCUGGGGUCUUCAUCCUCUUCGACGAGGACCGCUUCGGGUUCGUCUGGCUGGAGCUGAAAUCCUUCAGCCUGUACAGCCGGGUCCAGGCCACCUUCCGGAAUGCAGAUGCGCCAUCCCCACAGGCCUUUGACGAAAUGCUCAAGAACAUUCAGUCCCUUACCUCCUGACCAGCCACAUCCUUGCUGCCACAUCCUGGGUAGCUUUGGGGCUCUGGACUCUGACCUGUGAAUAGAAGCAGCAUGCACUUUGGAAAUACAGCCUUUUGACCAGAAUGCACACCUCGUUGGGGGUCCCUGCACAGCCACACCCCAGCACUUUAUGUAGAGAGAGUGACAGGCCUGCAUAUUUGUCAGUGCCGUGAUGGAGGAAGCUGAGCAUGUCUUACCAAAAAAGAGAAUGAGCUGGAAUACAGUGGAUCUAGGGGCCAGCUGCGGGACUGUGUGAGAAUUGAAGCGGUGGGGUUGCUGCACCCUGGGCUGGCUGGCGUUUUUCUCGGGAAACAGGACUCUCCUCUGGCGCACUUUUCCUGUGAGCGGAUAGAAUGAUAGAAUGGGUCGUGUGUGAGACACAUGUGCUCCACCCCACUCCUGCUGGGGGGAGCCAGGCAGAAGUGGCCUCUGGGGAGGGGGUCAGGAAGAGAACACCCAGGCAGUGCAGGUGUGAUGGGCACAGCGUGUGGAGAGCAAGCUUGGGAAGUUGGUGGGAUCUCAGGGUUGGGGGCGGACUCUGGAUUGAAUCCCAUCUCUCUCUCUCGGCUCGGUCGAGUUUGGACAGAAGCGUUUCACCUCUGAUCUCAGCUUCCUCACCUGUGGAGUGGUUGUAGUGACCUGAGUCACUGGAGAAUGUCAAUGUGAGUGCAUGGCCCGGCCGACACACCUGCCCCGGCCCCUCUUCUCCAGCUUUGGAGCUGAGGCCAUUGUUCCAGCCACUUGACUGUCCUCGUCAGCCUGUUCCAGACAGGGCGUUUUGUCCUUGCUUUCCUCCAUGCACGCAAGCAUUGUCAAAACCAAGCUGCCAGCCAUUUUCUCCAGAACACAAGGCUCCAGGCUCGCAUUUCUGAAGCAGUCCUUGCAUUUCUCUCCUGUGAGUGGUUCACUCAGGUGCCAGGAAUGCUCAUACGAGAUGAUGAGGAAAGCCCUUUGCAGUUGAGGGGACAGCUUUCUUGAAAAGCCACACCUACGUCUGGGGACACAUUUUGGAAAGCAGGACCCCCUGGGUACCCUUCAGCUUGGAGACCCCAAUGCACUGAUGCCUUCACUGCUGUGUGCCCUGUGUUGUUAACACCUCCGUGUGGGGACCCCAUCGAAAAUCUUGGCUGAGGUUGGCAUCUGAAGAAGAGGGAGCACGGUGCCCAAAGCUGGCUGUUGCCCUAGCCCACAGCCAGCUCCGUGCCCGAGUGGGUGUCCCUGGUGAGUCUUCCCUUUCUGCUACUAGUCCUUGUGCUGGGUGCCCUGGACACGUCCUACUGGUGAGGGACCUUUGGAAGGUGACAGUCUGUGUGCCUUUGUCUGGAGACCAACCUGAGAAUAUCCUGGGAAACAUUUUCCUGAUCAACUUCUGACUGGCCUUUAAAAAAAAAAAAAAAUUCCCACUGCCCAGCCUCAGUGCAUUUGGCAAAUUCUUACUUUGCUUCCCAGAAUCAGAAAAUUGGCAAGGUCCUUAAAUGGUAAUCUGGCCCGCCUGGGAAAAAGACUCAGGAGAAAAGCCAGUGGAGAAGGUGGCAGUAGGGCAGCCCACCCAGGAGCCAUGCAGAUCCCGAGGCACACCUGCCGGCUCUCCGUGUGGCCAGAUUCUAGCAGCUUUUGCAGCAUUAGCCUACACGCUUUGUCACUCCUUGCCCUCUGUGGUGGUCACUAUUUUUCUCUCAUGCCAAAUGAUGCGGUCCCUGAGGGAUGGUGACUUGUGGCCCUGAAGCCUGGGGGACCCUCGGGCAUGUAGACUGGCACCCUUCAGGGUUCACCAUUGUUUCAAUAAAAUCAAGAAAAUGCAUUUUUACCAAGAGCCUGAGGCUUGCUCUAAGGGACCCAGUCCCUCAGAGGCAUGCCCUUUGGGGCUUGAAGAGCACACUGGUGGGAGACGAGCACUUCUGAUUAAAGGAAUCUCAAAUCUCAA